CAUUUAGACACGACGACACAGACAAAGAAUGACAUGAUUGGGUAUAAUGAUACGGGAUGGCCGUCCCUAGGACUAGAUCGUGGUAUUCUGAGGGCACUGGCAAAGAAGAAGUUCAAGUGUCCCACUGCGGUACAGUCCCGCGCGAUCCCGCUGGUUCUUGCUGGCAAAGACGUGUUAGCACGCGCACACACAGGAAGUGGCAAAACCGCAGCGUACCUUCUUCCCGCCAUACAUAAAAUAAUGCAGCGCAGCGAUUCAAAAACUAAGUCUAAUCCACGGGUGCUUAUACUCGUUCCCACGCACGAGCUUGCUCAACAAGUGAUGAAAGAGGCAGUUUCAUUUCUUGUUGAGUGCGCUCCUACUUUACGCGCAGGCGAGCUGACAUGUUCUGGUAGUGCCGAUGUUUUACCUCGCAACUUCGCUGGGGUGCCUCCAGAAAUACUUGUGUCCACUCCCUCACGUGUUGCCGCAUGUAUACGUGGAGGUAAAUUCCCCCCCAGGGCACUCAACUCUGGCCUUGAGUUCUUUGUACUUGAUGAGGCUGAUCUUCUGCUGUCUUUUGGUUAUGAAGAUGACAUUCGCUGCAUAGCUGAUGCCACAGAACGUGGUUGUCAGUGCAUGCUUGUAUCUGCUACUUCACCUGAUGAUCUUUCAAAACUUAAGGCAAUUGUUUUGCAUAAUCCAGUAAACGUAGAUAUUGCGCUCGAAAACAAUUUUGUCAGUGGCAGGGUAAAAGAAGAGCAAGUUACAACAGGUAAAUCGGCAGUAAUGCCCUUGAUCUCUCACUACGCCCUCGAGAUUCUCGAAAAAGACAAACUACUAUAUUGUAUGGCUCUACUCCGUCUUGGCCUUUGCAAGAAGAAGUCCUUAGUUUUUGUAUCGAGCCCAGAUGCUGCUGUCAGACUUCGUCUUUUCUUGCACAAAUUCGGAAUACCUUGUUGUGUGCUUCACGAAGAAUUGCCAGCUAAUUCUCGUGCCCAUAUUCUACAUGAAUUCAAUCGUGGGGUUUACGACUAUAUGAUCGCCGCGGCAGAUGACUUAUCGAGCAGCAUAUCAGUAGUAAACGAUGACAACAAGGAUUUUACGAAACACACAAAACGAAAACGUAAUGCAAUGUCGCAUGCUCAAACGGAAUUCGGUGUUGUGCGAGGAAUAGACUUCAAAGAUGUGCACACUGUUCUAAAUUUAGAUGUGCCCAUUUCAGCCUCUGACUACAUUCACCGUGUUGGCCGGACUGGCCGUGCAGGACAACCAGGCACUGCCAUAACACUGACUACUCCAAAAAACGCACGCGCGCUCGAAGAUAUGCUAUCCCGGCAUAGUGUUAGCAGACACGACACGCGUUCAGCGAUUGCGUUGAUGCCAUAUAAAAUGCUUCGCAGGGAAGCUGUUGAGGCUCUCCGUUACCGGGCGGAGGAUGCUGCCCGCGCCGUCGGCCGUACAGCAGUACGGGAAGCAAGGCUUCGAGAAUUGCGAGCUGAACUACUGAACUCUGAGCGGCUCGCUGCACAUUUCGAUGGUAAUCCAACAGAUCUAGCCCUACUUAAGCGAGCUUCUUGCUUGAUCAGCCACCAAGAACAGCCACAUCUGUGUCACCUACCUAGCUACAUUCGGAGUCAAAAGGUGACGUGUUCUUCAGCCAAAACUGGCAAAAAGAACAAGCACACUGAGGGAGAAAAGCUGACUGACGAAACGACUGAUGAAAUACACGAUGACCACGACGAACCCUCAGAGUACUUGAAGAAGAGGAAAACAAGUAGAAGCAAAGAUUUUGCACACAAAAGUAGUAAUCCGUCAAGCAAGAAUCUCAGCUGGAAAGGAGCAAACUAACUCUUCAAGAACAAGAGUAGCUGGAGCCAGCUCUUAACAUUUUCCUUUGGUGACCCAAAUCAGGAUGUGUCAGCAUGCGCGGCUAUUUCAGCACGUGCAUGGGAACAUGUUGGGAUUGUUCUACAUAUUAAAUGGACUGUAUCUAUCAUCUACCCACUUUGAACUC